UUACGUCCUUUCUUGAGCCCUCGAAAAACCUUGGCCCGUCUCUGCGCGCAAGCAAUUAGGUUUUUCGCACUCACUGCUAGCUCUAGAGCCAUGGAAGGCAUCGAACUAGAAGAACCUUGCUUGUCCCUAAACGAAGACAAUGGAGAUUUCUGCAGUUCCAUUCUUUCUCGCUUCGGCAAUUCCACCGACGAAAGUCAUCAGCAUCUCUGCGCUGUUAUCUGCGCCAUGUCCCAGGAGUUCAAAGAACAGAAUCUCCCUUCCACAUAUGUUGCCUACUUCGGUGCCGCAUGUUCUUCCCUCGACCGCCUCUGUUCUGAACCCGACGCCCCUAACCACCUCGUGGACGCGCUGCUCACAAUUCUUUCCAACGUCAUUACCUGUGUACCCGUUGCAAUAUUGAAGAAGAAAAGGGACUUUUUGUCGCAUCUUCUGGUGCAAGUUCUCCGGUCUCCUUCAAUGGCCGAGACUUCUGUUAUUCCCGGAUUGAAAUGCGUCUCGCAUCUGUUGAGACACAGGGAUAGUCUCAUGUGGUCUGAUGUGUCUCGGCUGCUCAGUGUCUUGUUGGGGUUCGUCAUAGAUUCGCGACCAAAGGUUAGAAGGCAAUCACAUUUGUGUCUUCGUGAUGUGUUACUGAGCUUCCAAGAAUCGCCAUUGCUGGUAUCUGCUAGUGAAGGAAUUACAAGCAUAUUUGAGAGGUUUCUGCUGGUUGCUGGUGGAGAAAAUGCACGUUCUGGUGAAGGACCAAAGGGAGCUCAGCAGGUUCUAUAUAUUCUUGAUGCUUUGAAAGAAUGCCUUCCUCUUAUGUCACUGAAGUGCAAGACUUGCAUUCUUAAGUACUUCAAAACUCUCUUGGAUCUACAUCAACCCCUUGUCACUAGGCGCAUAACUGAUGGUUUGAGUUUUCUCUGUCUCUAUCCAGCAUCAGAGGUUUCCCCUGAAGCAUUACUUGAAUUACUAAAUUCAUUGGCUCUUUCUAUCUCAACAAAUGAGAUAUCUGGAGAUGUAAUGGCGUUUACAUCUCGUUUGCUAGACGUUGGAAUGAAUAAAGUUUUUACUCUUAAUAGGCAAAUGUGUGUUAUCCAGCUGCCUAUUGUCUUUAAUGCUCUCAAAGAUAUUUUGUCAUCAGAACAUGAAGAGGCUAUACAUGCAGCUACUGGUUCAUUCAAGAGUUUGAUACAUUCUUGUAUUGAUGAAAGUUUGAUUAAACAGGGAGUUGAUCAGAUAUCUUUGAAUGCAGACACUCCAUCAAGGAGGUCUGGUCCUACCAUCAUUGAAAAAGUUUCUGCAACUAUUGAAAGCCUGCUUGAUUAUCAUUUUGAUGCUGUCUGGGACAAAGUAUUUGAAGUUGUUUCAGCUAUGUUUCGCAAAUUGGGAAAUUAUUCCACUUAUUUUAUGACGGGAAUAGUUAAAAACUUAGCUGAUUUUCAGAAGCUACCUGAUGAAGAUUUUCCCUUUAGGAAACAGCUGCAUGAGUGCCUUGGUUCUGCUCUUGUUGCAAUGGGACUGGAAACUUUUCUCUCUCUUCUACCUUUGAAUUUGGAAGCAGAUGACUUAUCAAAUGCAAAUAUUUGGCUAUUUCCAAUUCUAAAACAUUAUACUGUAGGUGCACGUCUAAACUUUUUCAAAGAGGGAAUUUUGAAAAUGAUUGAUAAUUUAAAGGAGAGGUCUAAACAGUUUGACCUACAAGGGCUGAUUGUGUCAUCAAGGAAUGCGGAUGCUCUUGCAUACUCAUUGUGGUCUUUGCUGCCAUCAUUUUGCAACUAUCCUUUAGACACUGCUGAUUGUUUCAUGGAUCUGGUCCAUCCAAAAAGCACUUUAUAUAACACGCUUCAAAAAGAACCUGACAUUCGAGGAAUAAUAUGCUCAAGUUUGCAGCUUCUUAUUCAGCAAAACAAGAAAAUUGUGGACGAAAAAGAUUACGAGCAAUAUGUGGGUGGAGAUAUGGCCAGUGAGCCUAGUUUGGUCCAUUAUACAAAAGAGGUUGCAACAAGCAAUUUGAACGUGCUAAAGUCUUCUGCUGAGCAACUUUUAGGUGUUCUGACAUGUGUUUUGAAGUCUACAAAAGAUGGUGGAGGUUGUCUGCAGCACACAAUCAGGGAGAUUGCUUCCAUAUCAAAUGGACAAGUGACAUCCAAGCUCUUCAAAAGGACAAUGCGUGAGCUUUUAGAAGUCACACAACAAGCCUUUAGAGCAGCCAACACCAAUUCCAUGCAGGUUGAUGAGUCAUCAAAUGAUGUGUCGCUAUCAGUUGCCAGGGCACAACUCCUUGACGUGGCAGUUUCCCUGUUGCCUGGUUUAAAAGCUGAGGAGAUUGAUCUACUAUAUGUUGCGAUAAAGCCAACGUUACAGGAUGUUGAAGGUGUUAUACAGAAGAAGGGAUACAAAGUACUUUCAAUCAUUCUCAGGGAUUCAAAUGAUUUUAUCCCAUCAAAGUUGGAGGAGCUGCUUGCUCUUAUGCUUGAAGUUCUGCCUUCUUGUCAGAUUUCCUCCAAACGCCAUAGAAUAAAUUGCCUUCACUUCCUAAUAGUCCAUGUCUCCAAGGAUAGUCUGGAGCAAAGGUGGCGUGAAAUUAUUUCUACUUUCCUUACAGAAAUAUUACUUGCUCUUAAGGAGGCUAAUAAAAAAACUAGGAAUAGGGCUUAUGCCAUUCUUGUUGAAAUUGGUCAUGCACUUGGAGAUGAAGAGAGAGGCGGGAAUAGAGAAAAUUUAUUUCAGAUUUUCAAUAUGAUUGCCAGUGGCCUGGUCAAUGAAACUCCACAUAUGAUUAGUGCAGCAGCUAAAGGUUUAGCUCGUAUUUGCUAUGAGUUUUCUGAUCUUAUUUCAACUGCUUCCAAUUUGCUUCCAUCUACUUUGCUCCUACUUCAGAGACAAAACAGAGAGAUUGUAAAGGCCAAUUUAGGAUUAUUAAAGGUAUUAGUAGCUAAAUCACAAAUAGAAUGGUUGCAAUCGCAUCUGAAGAGCAUGGUGGAAAGUUUGAUGAACUGGCAAGAUAACACCAACAAUCAUUUUAAAGCGAAGGCAAAGCUUCUUCUGGAAAUGCUUGUUAGGAAGUGUGGACUGGAGGCGGUUAAGGCUGUCAUGCCUCAAGACCAUAUGAGACUUCUUACCUGCAUACGCAAGAUCAAAGAGCAGAAGGAAAGGAAAGGAGGUGCUAAAACUAAGGAAACUAGAUCUUGUCUUUCAAAAGCACCUACAUCCAGGCAAAGCAUGUGGAACCAUACAAAUUUUUUUUCUGAUUUUGAUGAUGAAGAAAGUGGAGGAACUGAUGCAGAAUACUUGAACACGAAGACCAUCUCCAGAGGGGGCAAGUCUUUCUCAUGCAGUAAAUCAGCAGCGUCUUCAUAUCGGUCAAAGAUCAGAUACAAGAAGAAUUUGCUUGAGCACUUGCCUGACCAAUUAGACGAAGAGCCACUUGAUUUGCUUGACAGGCAAAAAACAAUUUCAGCUCUUAAAUCAUCCGAGCAUCACAAAAGAAAGUCAAUGUUAGAUGAUGAAGAAGUUGAAGUAGAUUCUGAAGGACGCCUGAUUAUUCGUGAGGAAGGGGAUUGGAGGAAGAGAAAACCUGAUGAGCUUGAUUUUGAUGAUGCUGCUAUGAGUGAAGAAGCUGAGAGUCACUUGUCUGGCAAGUCUGGAAGUAGAGUGAAGAAAAAGCGCAGAAAAACAUUAGAGUGUGGGUGGUGGGAAUAUGGCAGCAAGAAAGCAAGUGGGGAAGUGAAGAGAAAGGAGAAGAUGGAGCCUUAUGCAUAUUGGCCGCUUGAUCGGAAGAUGAUGAGUCGUAGGCCACAGCUCCGAGCUGCUGCAAGGAAAGGCAUGGCAAGUGUCGUCAGGAUGGCAAAAAAGUUUGAAGGCAAGAGUUUAAAACUGACAAGGACCAAGAAGAAAUAGAAAAUAAGGAACUUCACUGCUAGUUUGUACGAUAUUUUUAUUUACAAACAAAACUAUA